UCUAGCAGACAGAGCAAGUUUGGUUUGGUUGAAGUGAUGUUCUUGAAACUCCAAAAUACUGGAUUUUACGAUGACGACCGGUUCCAAAAUUGAAGCACACCGGGAGCAGAGCGGCACAGUGGAGAUGCGUUUCCACAUCAAGUACAAACCGAUCAAGUCACGCUCGAAGGCUUUCAUACUGGCCACUUCGAUACUGUCGAAAUCGUUCAUCAGGAAAUAUGGCAUCCUGAGUAUCAUUAUGUGCCUGGGACUGGGCUACCUCUUCUACAACCGAGUUUUGUACCAACAAUACAUUUACGAAACACUACCUUUGUAUCAAAAAAGCAUCCGACUGCGGUUGGGGGAGUCUCCCAGUUUCGAUGACCGAUGGAAACCGAUCGGAGAUCCGUCUGCCCGGUUUCAGAUCUAUUCGGCUUACUUCGAUCCGCGAUUGGAAAUUGUUCACAACUUCCGGGUGGCUGAUGGAGUUCUUCCGUUUGGAAGUGUUCGAAUUUUCAGCAUUCUGCCGUUGACGAUCCGACGGAGGGAUGUAUUCUGUCAUUUUAGGUAUGCAAACAACAGUACCGUUUGGCAUCGGGCUGACCAGGUGGAAUCUAUUCACGAGAACUUUGGUAUGACAUUUUCGGCUUCGUACGUUGUGUGCAAGCUGGUUGGAAACAAACGGCAGGUGGAGAUUGAACUUCCGACGGAUGUUGGGUUGAGUUAUGAACAGGAGCCAAGUAAGAUGAAACCGACAAGCUUCGUCAGGAUUCACUAUCCCAAGCAAAACCGACAGAAGCUGCAGCAGGAUUUUCUACUCCGCUCGCCACCCUCCCGGAAGUUGGCCGUCUGUGUUGGCCCAGCCCAUCACAACUACAGCAACGCCGCCAGGGUUGUGGAAUUCAUCGAAUACUGGCAACUGCUCGGGGCCGAGAGGUUCUAUUUCUACAAUAAAUCCAUCAGCGCCGAGGUGGACCGAGUGAUGAGCUACUACCGCGAACAGAACGUGGCCAAAGUGCUCCAGUGGAAUCUGAAUGGCUAUGAGUUUGAGCAGGAGCUUCGCUACGAGGGCAUUUUUGCUGCCCUCAACGAUUGUCUGUACCGGGCGACGAUGGUGGACGAUUUCCAAUACACGGCUCUGGUGGAUUUCGACGAAAUUGUGCUCCCCUUGGAGCGAACCAAUGGAAGUGAAACACUGGUCCAGUUCCUGGAUCGCCGCGGACGGAUCGGCACGCAUUCGUUCAAUUUUGAGGCGGUGUUUUUCUACGGCUUUUACGAGGAGGAUUACUCGAGGAAGCCUAGCUGGGCGAACAAUACGUACUUGUACACGCAGGUGCGGACGCUGAGGACGAAGCGGCCGCUGAUGCAUCACAAUCGGAGCAAGUACGUGGCGGUUGGCAGGAAUGUGAUCGAAGCGGGGAACCACUUUGUGUGGAAGGGAAUGAGGGACACCCACGAGCUUCGGAUCCCGGAGAAGGAGGGUCUUCUCUUCCACUACCGGGACAACUGCAUCGGCUACGGUUGCGGAUCAUUCAUCGAAGACACCCGUGCCCGUCGUUACGCAACCAAAAUGUGGCACUCCGUUGACGCCGCUUGUCAACGGCUCUUCCCCGAACUGGACGGCAUUUGUCCACUGGGCGAGGAAAACGAUUGACCGUCAUCAAAGCAGACGAAAACUAGUUCCUCUGUUACUUUGUUUAUUGCUAUGUGUCAUUUUACUUAAAUACAUCUUACCUUAAGAACUAAUCU